AUGAGUGACCAGAACCCUCGUCUCUCGCAGGAAGGAGUACCUCUGUCUUAUACCUCAACUUCCACAACUACCAACACCACCACCACCAACGUUACAAGCUCUUCUUCUUCCUCUCCGCCACCCAAAGGACACAAACUAUCUCUCAGUGCCAGCGGCAAAUUCUUUCCCUCGCGUUCCUUCUCUCGCUCGCGUGCUCGCUCAGAAUCUCCCACCCCGACAGACCCGUCCCUCGACGUCCCUCGGUCCAGGACUCGUCAUCGCGCCGAAACUCUCGAUAUUCCGCGCAGUCACCCCUCUACUGAAUACUCUUCUCGACCCUCAACCAGUCCCCGCCCAAUGUCUCCCUCCGUGAGCCAGGAUCCUUCCGUGACCGCCCAGAAGCGCGUCUCCGGAUCAUACACCUACUCCCCGCGUCGCAGCGGCGACGAUUACCGUCGCUACAGCGGCACGGUCAACCACUACGGUCGUCACUCCAAUGACUGGCUAUUUGGAGGCUUCAGUUUAAGGGAUACGGUUCGCGAUGGCGUUGAGAAGCUGCGCGGGUUCAGCGAUAAGAGCUGA